GAAAGUAAGGAAGGGAUGGAGAGGGAGAGGGGGCAGGUAAGUGCUCUGUCCUCCCUAAGCUUUUCCUGCCCACAGGGUUUCCCAGUCCUCACUGGGCCCCAUCGUGGAGAGAAGCUCAGGCCUGCCUAUGCCAGCUGCCUUGCCCAGCCUGCCCUAACUUUUCUGAACAGCAGCUGCAGCAGUGAUGGCCUCCACCUGGGUGCCUGCCGUGGGCUUCACCCUGCUGCCCAACCUGGGAGGUUUCUUGGGCUCCCACUAUGUCCGAGGGGAGGGUCUCCGCUGGUACGCCACCUUGCAGAAGCCCUCCUGGCAUCCGCCCCGCUGGACCCUGGCCCCCAUCUGGGGCACGCUCUACUCGGCCAUGGGGUAUGGCUCUUACAUGAUCUGGAAGGAGCUAGGGGGCUUCUCAGAGGAGGCUGUGGUUCCCCUGGGCCUCUACUCAGGGCAGCUGGCCCUGAACUGGGCAUGGCCUCCCAUUUUCUUCGGCAGGCGUCAGAUGGGCUGGGCCCUCGUGGACCUCCUGCUAACAAGUGGCCUGGCGGUGGCCACAACGAUGUCCUGGCACCGGGUGAGCCCUCAGGCUGCCCGCCUGCUCUACCCAUACCUGGCUUGGCUGGCUUUUGCGGCUACACUCAACUACUGUGUAUGGCGGGACAAUGGUGGCCGGCGUGGUGGCCUGCGGCUCUCUGAGUGAGGUCUGGCUGCCAGGCCCGAGAAUCCUGCUGGCUGCCACUGCUGCUGGAGGUGGCCCUCACGCUUUCGUGACCGCUUACCCGUCAGGCUGUUGGGCCCCAGUCCAGGGCUCACCAGCAGCCUCAGAGGGGACCCAGGCAGAGCCCGUUCUCCUGCACUGCCCCAGCAUACUCUUGGAACGUGGAGUUUUACAAGCGAAAUAAAGUUUGUAACC